ACCAAUAUUAUUGCUGUGUCAUGGAGUUGACGCUGGAAGGUUCCAUCAAAAUAUCUUAAGUGCGGUAUAUCAACAUAUCAUCAGCUCAAUUUUAAGAAUGGCGAGUGCUAUACAAGAAUCACCAAUAACAGAUUCUUUGAUAGUUUCUUCUAAUGAUUGUGAUAAAGAGAGUGAAGAAAGAGUUGUCAAAUCGGGAAAAAAAAUUAGAGACAGCGGUUGGUUUAGUGGUUGGUUACGCUGGGUUCCAACAUCCAAUGAAAUGCUGCGAGCAGCUGAGGAACAGAUUCUAGGGUAUUUAAAAAAUGCAUACAAGGGUUGGUUUGUGACAACAAAAAAGGGUGAUCGAAUUAGGACAAUUUUCAUGAACAAUACUAACUCCCAAGAUAAAACCCCUAUUGUGCUUGUUCAUGGGAUGGGUGGUGGAAUAGGAUUGUGGGUACAGAAUCUUGACGCCCUCUCGAAUGUGCGCCCUGUGUACGCAUUUGAUCUGCUAGGCUUUGGUCGUAGCACUCGCAGGAAAUUCCCAGCUUAUCCUGAUGAUGCUGAGAGGGAGUUUAUAGACUCGAUAGAGGAAUGGCGAGAAGAAGUCGGUUUGGACAAGAUGAUACUGAUUGGUCAUAGCCUUGGUGGAUUUCUCUCAUAUGCAUACGGUAUUCAGUAUCCUGAGCGUGUCAAGCAUAUGGUGCUUGUUGAUCCAUGGGGUUUCCCAGAGAGGGAUGAACAGUUCGAGCAGACACGCAAUUUCCCGUUGUGGCUGCGAGUAGUACGUACUAUAAUGUUGACGUUCAAUCCUCUAUCGGGACUACGUGCUGCUGGCCCAUUAGGUCAUUAUCUUGUUGGUCGUCUCAGACCGGAUCUUGACAGGAAAUUUUCAUCUGUUGACAACCAGAACACGAUUAGCAAAUACAUUUACCACUGCAAUGUGCAACGUCCAACUGGUGAGGAAGGUUUUAAGUCUUUGCAGGUUUUUCUUGCAUGGGCUCACAACCCAAUGAUAAAUCGAAUUGCAGAUCUCGAUAAACAAGUGCCAUUAACUGUACUCUAUGGAUCAAAAUCAUGGAUGGACUCCAAGAUGGCAUAUAGCAUUAAGUACAUACGCAAGGACUCACAAGUUAAUAUAAAGAUAGUACAAGGGGCAGGGCAUCAUGUGUAUGCAGAUAAAGCAGAGAGUUUUAAUAAAAUAAUCCAAGAUGUAUGCAGAGACAUAGCAGACUGAAAUUACACUAAUCUUUAAAAUGAAAUGUAGCUAUACAACAAACAUUAUUUUUAUUAUAACGUGGAAACAAAUUGCAGCUGUUACUCAUGUAAAACUUUUGACUUAAAAAUGGAGGUUUAGCUAAAUUAUAUUGUACUGUACAAAAAUAAAAUUCAUUAGAAUUUAACAUGCACAUCCCACAAUGCUAGGUUGGCGCUGAAAGGCAAUUGUUGUAUAUAUUUUAACUGGUUGUUUUUUGUUAAAUGGGGAAGAUUAAUAUUACUGUUUUCAAUAACAUCCUUGAAAGGGACCUAGUUAAUUUUCUUUUUUCUAGAGUGAUUAUUUAUAUUUUAUUAGUAAAAGAAUCAACUUUAAAAUUAUUUUUUGGCAAUUUUUAUUAUGAAGUUAUACGCCAUUACGAUUUACCCCUUUAGCACCGUGACGUCAGUGUAAUCUACUGUGACCAAAGAUCGUAUAGCACCCCGUGUAGUGGUACCAUAUGGUCUUUGGUUACAGACUGUAGCUUAAACUGUCACAUUGUUUUUUUUUUCAUUGAUGUUUGUUUUUGUAUAAUAAUAAUGUAUAAAAAUAGACAAUACAGAAUAGUAAAAACAUACAUUUUAAAAUUUUGUGGAGCCUAUUUAUGGGAGAACUGGAGACUCGUAAAUCACAGAAGGCCUGUGGAAAUAAUAUUCAACAUACACAGUACUCUACAAAAAAGUGUUCUUGACAUUUAGAUUUAUACAGUCUGUAGAGGGCAGUGUACGUGUUCUACCUCUGAAUCAUCAUCUUGAUUUUUUUCAAUUCAUGUACUGUACAUUAUAAUGUAAUUAUUUAGGCACUGCAGUAGCAUAAAUCAAGUGCAAUGAUAAGCGUAGAAUAAUUUAGUUAGGAUUUAAUAUAUAUUAUACUGUGUGCAUACAUCAAAGGAACAACGUACAUGUAUCGUACAUGUGGACAAUAUUAGAAAAUGGGUCAUUCCGGCUCAAAUCAACCACCAUGCGCAUGUGACCCCUCUUGGAUUUUCCUGAAAACAAUUCUAAAAAUACCUUAAUAUGUCAAAAGAAAGAAUCCAAAAUUUCAGCUUCAAUUUCCAAGCAGUUUUUAAGUUAUGACAUUUUGAAAUUUAGGUACCACGCCCCCUUUUUCAUGUCGGAAAUGGCUCCUUUAACUUUGUACGGUUUUACGAAGCUACAUCUCCUGAAAUGACGAAGAUAAAAAGUUGAAAAUUGCUACAUAUACUGAAAUUUGGCCCUUCUUUCAAGAAAUACCAUUGAAAUUUGGAUAGCGUAUUUUAUUAGAAUGUUAUGUCCACCCCCCCCCCCCCCCCCAAAAAAAAAAUUCCCCAAAGCAUUGUGCAAAAAUAGAUUUUCGCUUUUUCGGAGGGCCAUAUCUUAUCAUUCUUUAAAGUAAGGAAGUCAAAAUGAAACAUGUGAUGAAUAUGCUCAUACUACUACAUACAUAACAGUUUGCAAGGUAAUUAGAGCAAUAUGAUGGGGUCCCAAACAUGGUUACAGGAACAUUGACCCUACGUGGAUGACCACGUAGACACUUAUAUUAAUUAAUAACUCCUUCAGUGUGAACUGAUUUUUAAAAAUAAAUUUAACUUCAACUUGGAACUUUUUAUCUGCAUUAUUUCCAGAGAUAUAGCUUCGCAAAAACUGUACAAAGUUAAAGAAGCCAUUUCCGGCAUGAAAAAGGGGGUGUGGUACCUUAAUUUUAAAAGGUCAUAACUUAUUAAAACCACUUGGAAAUUAGAGCUGAAAUUUUUGAAUUCUUUCUUUUGACAUAUCAAGGUAUUUUUAGAAUUUUUAAAAGGAAAAUCCAAGAGGGGUCACAUGGAAACUUUUUAAUUUCUGGCAGAUUUGAGCCAGAGCCAUUUGAAAUGACCCAAAUGUAUGAUAUACAGUACCAUAAACCUUUAACUGAAGCCCGAUGCUUAAUCUUUCAAAGCCCAUUUCGAAAAGAAGCCCAUGGGCUUCUAAUCAAGUUUGUAGCUGGGCUUCUUUUUGAGAUAGUAUUUAAAGUCAGACUGACAUUGAUUAUAAUAAUGUGUCAGUAUCAAUAUUAUUUUUGUACCAGCAUUUUCUUAAAAAAAUAAUUAAGUAUUUUAAUUUUUUUUUUGAAUAUUUUUUUGUUUUUAGCUAAUGAAUUUUAAAAUGUGUACAUUUGCAGUAUAUAUUUUAUUUUAUUCAUUUGGCAUGACGGCUCAGGAGUCGCAAAAGCGGAAAGUUCACUGUCGCCAGAAGGACGUGCGGCUCCCAAUUAUAUAUAUAUAUAUUUUUAAUUCUGUUUCAAUUCUGUAAGUGGCAACAUACGUUGCUGUUGAAUGGUGAACAAAUAAAAUAAAAUAAAGAAAAAAAUGAAUUCCAUAGUUGAAACAUACUGCAUAAUAGCAAUUCCAAAUAUUUGGUGUUCAUACAUAUGCUCUUUAGUUUGCAAAAGUUUGCAAUCUCGAAAAUAAGCCCAUCCAAGUAUUAUAUCAGGGAUGGUGUGGGCUCUAUUACUUCGCUAAAGAGGAUUUAGCUAGCAAAAUAAGGUGAAAUUAUGUGAUUUUUUUGCUAAGCACAUUUCCAAGUGGGAGGCAGGGAAUGCACACUGUACAUAAUUAUGAAGCAACUGCCAGUAGCUAUUUUUACUGCAUAACAAUGUUCACAAAUUGUUUACAUUUACUACUGCAUUAUAAAGGUGUCUUCUGUGUUGUUUGUUAUGAAACUCAUAUCAAAUACAAUUGAAUUAUUUCAGAGUUUUACUUAGUUGUUGCAGGAAGACUGAACAAUUAUAUAUGAAAUAUGAAAUUGAAUAAAUAAAUACAGAGAAAA